UGUUUCAACUGUGUAAAAAUCAUUCUCGUUUGAGUAACAACACGUCUAAAACCGCAUAAACGUGCUCUACUAAAUAUAUAAAACAAAACUAUAAAAUACAAAAAUAAAUUUGGAUAAAACACAGAGUCGCGUCAGAACAAAAAAAACUGUAUUCCUAUAACUUGCUAAAAUAUAGAAUACAUCUUUUUUCGGUUUUUAAUAAAAAAAAAGAAAAAUUACUCAGAAAAAAAAAACUUUAAAACUAAAAAGUGUUUUAAAAGUGCAAACAAAAAUAAGAAAAACUAACAGGUUUUGUUAAAACAAACAUGAUACUUCUCUUUAUGACCUCAUAUAAACAGUUAUGCUUUUCUAAACGCCAGAUAAACAACAUCUUAACAACGUUUUACUCAACAUAACAAAGAAAUUUGUUAAUUUAAAAAGCCAAAAACAAAAAAUUUACAAAAAAACAAAAUCCAACAAAAUUUUUAUUAUUAAUUAAUCGCAUCUUUACCGCUAAAUUAUUUUUAAACCACAAUUAUUAUUAUAAAAUAUUAGGUUUUUUUUUCAUAUUUGAGUUUAAACGCAUUUUCUUCGUCUUAGAGAAACUCAUAAGAAUUAAACUAGUUACUUGUUAUAUUUAUUUUUUUAAUUUUAAAUUAAGAAUAAUUUUUUUCGAACUCGAAAAAAAUUCCCUAAGAAGAGGCUUUUUUUUCUUACUUUCUCAAUAAGAACUUCUAAACAUUAGUAUUAUUUAUUUUUAGAAAGAGCUUUAAUUUAUUACUAAAAUUUACUUUUCAUCUUAAAACUUCGUAGAAAAAAAUGAAAAUUGCAAAAAUGAAAUUUAAGCGCAAAUAUGGCUGUUUAAAUAUUUGAAAGUAAAUUUGUUUGUUUAUAUACCUCUCCCCCUAAAUUAAAUAUAAAAACAAAAUCAAACAAAUUUCAAAUAUUUUAAAAAAAUAUUUUUUUUUAUUUAAUAGUAUUUUUAACAGAAAAAUAUUAAGUAAAAAUAUAUAUAAGUUUGUCACCAAUCAAGCACCCUUAACCCUGUCCACAGUUUUUUCAAUAGAAAACUUCAAAAAAACAUUAUUCAAUUUAGAAACAAUAAUCAUUUUUUAUAUAAAAAAGUUUUCUUUAAACGUUAAAGCCAAGCUUUAGCUUUUUGUCUAAUCACAAUAGUUUUUUUUUUGCUUUAAAAAGUUUAAUUUUUCAAACCAGUAAAGUAAAGCCCUUUUAAUUUUUUUGGCUGUUAGUCGUAGUAAUUUUGUCAGUUUGUGUGUCUGUUAGUUAUUCCUCAAGAUGGAACCCUAUUCCGCGGAAUUAUUAUGGAUUGUUGUGUUAGGUUUUAUUAUCGCCUUCGUUUUGGCUUUUGGCAUCGGUGCCAAUGAUGUGGCAAACUCAUUUGGCACUAGCGUAGGCUCUGGCGUUUUAACUAUACGUCAGGCUUGUGUUUUGGCUACGGUUUGUGAAAUUUCUGGAGCUGUUCUAAUAGGCUACAAAGUAUCCGAUACUAUGCGUAAAGGCAUUUUAGAGGUCGGUCUCUAUGAAGGCUUUGAAGAUGAACUCAUGUUGGGCUGUUUGGCAGCCUUAGCCAGUAGUGCUAUCUGGCUUUUGGUAGCCACAUUCCUAAAACUACCCAUUUCUGGUACGCACAGUAUAGUGGGCUCAACUAUUGGCUUCUCUUUAGUGGCCAGAGGCACCCAAGGUUUGAAAUGGUCUACCAUGGGUACCAUAGUUGGUUCAUGGUUUAUAUCACCUGUGCUCAGUGGUCUAGUUAGUAUUUUACUAUUCUUGGCCAUUAGAAAGUUUAUAUUGCGUGCCAAUGAUCCUUUGAAAGCCGGUUUUCGUUCGUUGCCCAUUUUCUAUGGUGUUACGUUUUUCAUAAAUGUCAUCAGUGUUAUGUUGGAUGGUCCCAAGUUGCUUUAUAUGGAUAAUAUACCCACCUGGUUGGCUGUGACUGUUAGUAUUGCUUUGGGUUUAUUGGUGGCCAUUUUGACACAACUGCUAGUGGUGCCCAUGCAGAAACGUAAAAUUGCCAAACAAUUAAGAGCUAAAAAUCCAGUUAAAUUUCAUUUUGAACCUUCAGUGGAAUCUUCACCGUCCGGUAGUCCUAAGAAAAAUCGUCGCCCUCUGUCUUUGGUGAGCGAUGGCAAACAACUGCCUGCAAUUGCCGAAAUAACCGAGCUGGUCUCGUUGACAGACAAUUCGCCCAAAACUUUUAAAUUAGCACCCUUUACACUAAAUGGCAAACAGCAGAAUGGUACCACUCCCGAUGGCUAUAAAAUCAAUCCGGAAAUCAUUAAAAAAGCAGAAGAUCUUCUGGGCAAAGCUAGUCUCGAUAACACAGAUCUAACCAUUACUAGUUUAAAUUUCAUAGAUGAACAUCAAAAUGGCAAUGGUUUAAAUGGUUACACAAAUGGUUUGCAUAGAACCUCCAAGGAUCUAGAGGAUUGUUUCAAAACUCAACAACAGCUGGAAACCGAUAAGCAUCUAACACAAUCAAAUGAGCUUCCCAAUAAUGUCGUCUCGGCUGCCACAGCCAACGCCCCCACAGCUGUUAAUAAUAACAUCAGCACUACCAAAGAUACAAAUAAUACUGCCUGUUCCUCGUUGACACAAGAUGAAUGUGGUAACAAUACAACUAGUUUACUCCCGGCCACAGAGAAGAAUCUUAAGGUCAUUGAAAGUGGCUCUAGUUUGGAAAUGAUGAUUUCUUCCACGCUAUCGCCCAAUUCCAGUAAAGUUCCUUUGAUCGAGAGUAAAGAGGCCAUAAAUGAUUUUAAGCUCUCAUCCGAGCCCCAGGGAGAUGAAGAAACCGAAGAGGUUUCUAUGCUAUUUUCAUUUUUACAAAUAUUAACCGCCACCUUUGGUAGUUUUGCCCAUGGUGGUAAUGAUGUUAGCAAUGCCAUUGGUCCCUUAAUUGCUUUGUAUAUGAUUUAUCGUGAAGGUUCUGUGAUGCAAAAGGCCGAAAGUCCCAUAUAUAUUUUAAUAUAUGGUGGCAUUGGCAUUUCUAUAGGUUUAUGGCUCUGGGGUCGUAGAGUUAUUGAAACGAUUGGCAAUGAUUUAACCAAAAUUACCUCAUCAACUGGUUUUACUAUUGAAAUUGGUGCUGCAUAUAACCGUACUGCUGGCCAGCAAAAUUGGUUACCCAUUUCCACAACCCAUUGUAAAGUGGGCUCCGUAGUAUUUGUCGGCCAUAUAGCCUCUAAAGGAGCGAAAAAGCGGGAGGAAGAUAAUGAAAACCUUGACUGUGCUGCCACCGCUAACAAUGUUAAACAGACCAAAGAAUUCGAAACAUUAGAAGAAGGCGCACAGGACACGGCUGCACCGCCCAGAGCUAAUGGCAGUGUUGAUUGGCAUCUGUUUCGUAAUAUAGCGUAUGCCUGGAUAGUAACGGUACCGGUAACGGCCAUUUUAAGUGCCGCCAUUAUGUUUGUAUUAUGUUUAUGUGUAGGAAUUAAAGUUUAAAAGAAAACGAAAACGAUAUUGGAAAGUUUUACUUAAAUGUACUUAAAAAGAAAAACAAUGAUAAAUUAAUAAUUAAAGAAUAUAUAGAGAACUUAUUUAUGUGUUUAGCGAGAAGGAAAAGAAAGCAGAGUUAAGAUUAUAAAGUAAAAAUUAAAAUGAAAAGUAAUGGAUUAUGUUUAAAAUUUAGUUUGUUUUUUAUACUCAUUUAUUAAGAUAUUUUAUUUGUUUAGGAAAUACUCUGCUUUUUAAAAAAUUUUGUUCCUUUUUUUUGUGAAAUUAAGAAAAAAAAAAAAAACAGUAAAAAAAUAUUCCAAAUUAUUUUGUCUAACAAAGUAAAAUUUAACAACAAUACAACAAACAAAACUCAAUUUAUUAAAUAGUGCACUUUUAUGUUUAAAUUAAAACUAAACAUAAUUUCUAAAUAAUUUUAAGUUUCUUAAAGAAAAGAAUUUAUUGUUUUUUAAAAACUCUAUUUAAACAAGAAACUUUAGUAAAUUUUUCGUUUAUAAUUAAAAAGGUAUUUGAAAUAUUUUUCUUAAAAUAUUUUCAAAAACAGCCUUAACAAAGACUUGCUUUUGUUCACCAAAAACAAAUUUACUAAAGUUUUUUUCUACAAACUUCAAAUUGUUUUCAAAACAACACCUUGAAAAAAAAAAAAAAAAAAACACAACAAAAUUCCUCUUAAAUUAAACUUUAGUUUAACACAAACGCCUCAUAUUUAACCAAAUACAACAACAACAAAAACCACAACAAACUUAAAUAAACAUUAAGCAAAAAAAAAA